AACCUUGCCUCAGGGCAUUGGAGUAUCUUCUUCACCAAAACUCAUUCCUCGUAUGAACACAUUCGACUGACUGUCACAACCUCCAUAUCCACAAACAAUUUACCAAAGUGCGUCAAUGAGAGCAAUUUCCCUCAUUAUUCCCUUCAACCCCUCACCUUUCUCCAACAUCAAUUCUUUCCUCCACAUCUCUCCGCUCUUCGCCUCAUCUUCUCCCUCCCUCUUCCACACUGAAAACCCAUUGACUUCACUUCUAAAAUCAUGCUCGAAAAACACCCAUUUGGUCCAAAUCCACGCCCACCUCCUCCGUACAUCUCUCCUCCGAGACCCCUCCCUCUCUCUCCAAUUCCUCUUCCGUGUCUCUCUCCAAAACCUUUCCUACUCCCGCGUAUUUUUCUCCCAAAUUCCCAAACCCAAUAUCUCUCAUUACAAUGCCAUGAUCAGAGCUUAUUCACUUAACGAAACUUUCUCAGAGGAAGGCUUCAAUCUGUACCGCGAAAUGCGGCGUAAAGGUAUAACCCCUGACCCAUUAUCUUUUUCCUUCGUUACAAAGUGUUGUGUUAAAGGAUCCUCGGUUUUGGAGGGUUUGCAAGUUCACGCUAGGGUUUUGAGAGAUGGGCACCGAUCGGAUAGCCGUUUGUUGACUACGGUUAUGGACUUUUAUUCGAGUGUCAAGAGGUUUGAUGAUGCUUGUAAGGUGUUUGAUGAAAUGUCUCACAGAGAUACUGUUGCGUGGAACGUUUUGAUUUCUUGUUACAUUCGUAAUGGUCGAACCGGCGAUGCUCUGGUUGUGUUUGAUAUGAUGGAGAGCGGGCAUUCGGGCUGUCAACCCGAUGAUGUUACUUGCUUGCUUGUACUUCAAGCUUGUACCAACUUGGGUGCAUUGGAAUUUGGCGAGCGCGUUCGUCGUUAUAUUCAAGAACAUGGGUAUGGACAUCUUAGAAACUUGUGCAAUGCACUUAUAGCCAUGUAUUCGCGGUGUGGAUGUGUGGGUAAGGCGUAUCAGCUGUUUAAAGGCAUGCCUAAUAGAGACGUGGUUUCUUGGACCGCAAUGAUAUCGGGUUUAGCGAGUCAUGGACAUGGGAGAGAAGCUAUUGAUGCUUUUAGGGAGAUGCUGAGGAUGGGUGUUGUCCCCGAUGAGCAGACUUUUACUGGGGUUCUUUCAGCUUGCAGCCAUUCUGGGCUAGUCGAUGAAGGAUGGACGUUUUUCGAUCAUAUGAGUAAAGAGUUUGGUAUAAUGCCUAAUAUUCACCAUUAUGGAUGCAUGGUUGACCUCUUGGGUCGUGUUGGUUUGCUUGAUCAGGCAUAUCAGCUUAUACUUUCGAUGAGUUUUAGUCCAGAUCCUACAAUGUGGAGGACUUUGCUAGGAGCUUGUAGGAUUCAUGGUCAUGUUGCACUUGGAGAACGUGUUGUUGAGCAUUUGAUUGAGCUCAAAGCUCAAGAAGCAGGGGAUUAUGUUCUAUUGUUGAAUAUUUACUCUUCGGUUGGCAAUUGGGAGAAGGUUAUAGAGGUAAGGAAAUGGAUGAAGGAGAAAGGAAUCCAAACCACACCGGGCUGUAGUACAAUGGAAGUGAAAGGAGAAGUACAUGAGUUUGUGGUCGAUGAUUUGUCACAUCCAAGAAAGAAAGCGAUUUACGAGAUGCUGGAUGAGAUUGGAAAGCAACUGAAAAUUGCUGGUUAUGUUGCUGAGGUAACUUCAGAGUUGCAUAAUUCCGGUGCAGAAGAAAAGGCAAAUAGACUCUCUUAUCACAGUGAGAAGUUGGCCAUGGCUUUUGGCAUUCUUGCGACUCCUCCUGGUACAACUAUAAGAGUGGCUAAGAAUCUCAGAACCUGUGUUGAUUGCCACAAUUUUGCAAAAAUGCUUUCUGGGGUUUAUAACCGAGAGAUCAUCAUUAGGGAUCGCAACCGGUUUCAUUGUUUCCGAGAAGGUCAAUGCUCUUGCAAUGACUAUUGGUAGGGGUAAUCAAGUUUAAAGACAAUUCCGUGUAAUAAGGAUUCGGUGUACUCUUCUUACCCAAUUCUUUGUCAGUUGGAGACUUCCCCGUUUUCUGUCAACCAGGGCAGUUGAAUUUUUGUUUCUAUAGAUGGAGUCUUCUUAGAUUUGAGAAAUGACUUGCUUUUGGGGGAAAAGUACCUCAGGCCACUAAUAUAGGUGCUGAAGACGCUAUGGAAGGAAACAUGUUGAAGGAACUUGGCAAGACGUUUCCCUCCAAUGGAUCUUAUGGACGAUUAUCAGAGACAAAAGUCAAUACAUACAGUCUCAAUCUCCACUUCAUGAGAAAAUAAGUAUAUGUGGCUGACACAAAUAGCGAGUGGAUUUUUUAGGAGUUUGUAGGUUCAAAAAGUGGAGCUGUAUCAUCGGUGGAACACCUGGUUACCUUUGAAAUCAAGUGCAAAUUGCGAAGUGUUUAUCUAUUCUGGAGAAGACCCCUCGAGGAGAAGCCUCAAAGUCCUUUUGACUCCCUAAGUCCUGGCUCUUGGAUCUUUGAACUCGUAACGGACCAUCUGGUUUUGCAGGCCCUCAUUUAUUUUAGUUAUGCAAGUUCAAUCCUAUUAUCUGCCUCAUUUGUCCAACAAAUAGUCGUAAAUUGUUCAACCAGGCACUGUUGGCAAACAUGGGAUGACCGUGUUUAAGUUGUGGGAUUAGUUUGAGAUAUUGUUCACAUGCCAAAAGGAAUAAGUAGAGAAAUAAACAGAGAAGCUACAAUCCUUUGAUCUCUUAAGCACAGCGGAUUAGAUCCAACAUGCCUGUUAACGAUUAUCACACAUUCUGUACCAGACAUUCUGGUACACAUUGAAGGGGUAGUAUUUUGAACUA